UCGUUUGUGUCGCUGCGGCUGCAUGAAAAUGGCGGAGGGUGAGCUGAACGUCGACAGCAUCAUCUCCAGACUGCUGGAAGUGCGAGGAUGCCGUCCGGGGAAGAUCGUGCAGAUGACUGAGGCGGAGGUGCGAGGACUGUGUAUCAAGUCUCGUGAGAUCUUCCUCAGUCAGCCCAUCCUCCUGGAGCUGGAGGCUCCUCUGAAGAUCUGCGGUGAUAUCCAUGGUCAAUACACAGACCUGCUGCGGCUCUUCGAAUAUGGAGGUUUCCCACCGGAAGCCAACUACUUGUUCCUAGGAGACUACGUGGACAGAGGGAAGCAGUCGCUGGAGACCAUCUGCCUGCUGCUGGCGUACAAGAUCAAAUACCCCGAGAACUUCUUUCUGCUCCGUGGCAACCACGAAUGUGCCUCCAUUAAUCGCAUCUAUGGCUUUUAUGAUGAGUGUAAACGUAGGUUCAAUAUUAAACUUUGGAAGACUUUUACGGACUGCUUCAACUGUUUGCCCAUCGCCGCCAUUAUAGAUGAGAAGAUCUUUUGCUGUCAUGGAGGCCUCUCUCCAGAUCUGCAGUCCAUGGAGCAGAUCCGUCGCAUCAUGAGACCCACCGAUGUACCCGACACAGGCCUGCUGUGUGAUCUGCUGUGGUCAGACCCAGAUAAAGAUGUUCAGGGGUGGGGUGAGAAUGACAGGGGUGUUUCCUUCACUUUUGGAGCCGAUGUGGUCAGCAAGUUUCUUAACCGCCACGAUUUGGACCUCAUCUGCAGAGCUCACCAGGUGGUUGAAGAUGGGUAUGAAUUCUUUGCUAAACGACAGCUUGUGACCCUGUUCUCUGCUCCCAACUACUGUGGGGAGUUUGAUAAUGCAGGUGGCAUGAUGAGCGUGGAUGAGUCGCUCAUGUGUUCGUUCCAGAUCCUCAAGCCAUCAGAGAAAAAGGCGAAGUACCAAUACGGAGGGGUGAAUUCUGGCCGCCCGGUCACUCCCCCUCGCACAGCUCAAGCCCCUAAGAAGAGGUGAACUUGUUGGUCCACCAUGAUCCACUGGCACCUCUGAGAUCCUCCUACCUUUAUCUGGCCUGUCCUCUAUACAACCAACCCAUUUCUCAUGUGUAUAUACAUUUUGCUGUGACCAAUGUUCUUUAUUUGCUUAGGUUUUAGGCUUUUCUGUUAAUAAUUGAUAUUAACUGGCUGUGUUUUUUCCAGUACUAUGAUGUAUUGCUUAACCUGGACUGUGCUUCAAAGUACAGCGAUAUCAGGUAAAUAAAACAUGUGUGUUGGGUGGGAGGUUGGAGGAUGUGGGGUUAGGGCAGUGAGGUAAAGACACAUUCUGCCUUCAUUACUAAUAGAUGUGUGUACAUGUGUGUUUUUGGAGCUGAGGGGCGUAAAUGUUCCUCCGUUCUUGUACAUAUUCUACUUUCAUCUAAACAAGUGCACUGGGAUAAAUCAUUCCCAUGUGAAUCCUUCUUAUUCCUCUGAAGUAUUACCCAAACAACUGUUUUGUUUCGAAAGGCCUCUUUUCUGUUUCCCAUUGGACAAAAGAAUGUUUCUCUUCCUAAUGAGACUCUGGUAAUAAUUUAACUGAAUACAGUGGUCCUAAAAAGUGUUUGGACACUUAAAAAUGUAUGAAUGUUAUUGCAUUAGCCAAGUGACAUCUGUGACCUAAUGGUGGUUGAGUUUUAUUUUGUAUUAUUAACCUUUUCUUUGCCUUGACUUUCAAACAACUAGUGUCAAGGUGAUUAUGAGUGGACGUAUAAAGUCGGUUCCUUUCAAGUUCAUGUGGGUGUCCUGUAACCACAGGUGCAGUUUUUCACAUGAACUAUGGGUAUGUUCCAUUUAAUGUUUGACAACCAGAAAGUCUCCAAAUACUUUCUUCAUUUACACUAAUUAUUACCAUUUGAAACUUAACUUCUUUUUAUUUAUUCUUCUUGGAUUGCUUAAGUGUUUGUUCUCUUUCGAGAAAAUAAAUGUCACUUGUUUGGAUAUUUUCUUAUUUAGAUGUUAAGACAUGCCCUUCAUAGUCUAAAACACACCCUCUACACUCGAAGCAUGCCCUUUGUUCAAGACACACCCUCUACUCUUAAAACACACCCUUCAUAUUCUAAGACACACCCUCUACUUUUAUAGCACGCCCUUCAUAGUCUAAGACACAAAUGUCACUUGUUUAGAUAUAUUUGUAUCUGAUGUAAUGGCAUUCACAUGCUUUUAAGUGUGGCUUGGGUGUCCAAAUAGUGUUUGGUGUCACUGUAGGUAGAAAAGCACAGUAUUAUGUACAUUAAACACCGUGGUUUGAUUCUAUUUAAGUCGUGGGCAUAAAAAAAAAGUUUAAAUUGAUUUUAGUUGAAGAUUGUAAUUCUUUCAGUUUACCUUUGUAAAUCCUUCCUUGUCCAAACACUGCUCUGACUAUAUGAGCGUCAUAUUUUUGACUCUGCGUCUGGAUGAUAUGUAAAAUCUCAUGAUGUCAGAGUAGAUUUGAAGUGUUCCCAACAACAUGAUGGGCAGUCCUACAGAAGCAUGACAAGUGCCCUCUCCAAAACUGUCUAAGUCUCUCUGUUACUCAGUACUGCCAUCUGGUGGAGUUUCUCCCUGUAUUUGCCUCUGACAUCCUCUCUGGUUUCUAAGUAAAGGGAUUUCUGCAAAUAAUGAUUAACUAUUUGCAUUAGAUGUUAAUUAGUGAGAGCAAAGAGUUCUACAAGAAGUGUGCUUGUGAAAAUAUUUUCCAUUUUGUCUCACAACUUCCUUUAGACUAUUAGACUUUGCAGUGAAAAGUUUUUUCUUCUACAAUAUCGGCCUAAACCUUAACUCGGCAAAUGUUUUGAAGAUGAGUUUUGAGAUUUAUACGUUUGUUUCAAACUUUCAUUUGGAAUAAAUGGAACCGUGCUGUUGACCCCAUGUGUGUGACCUUUUGACACUCACUGAAUUGCAAUUGUUUAAAUUGAGUGAUCGUUGCAAUGUUUUGAUUUUUGU